UUCUUGAGGCUUUUUAAAUUUUUUAUUUAAAGUUUACACCAUACGGGGAUAAUACUAGAAAACAUCCUGAAUUUGAAGCUAUUUACGCAUUGUCAAUGCCACUGACAUCGAUCUACCGUUAGUACGUGAACUCGCGCCGCUUAGUUAAGAUGCCUGUGAACCGAACAAAAACACUCGCUUUCUUCGCAGGAGAACAAGUAUUUUGAAGAGUUGUUUUCCCUGUUCGUUUACGAACUCUUAAGAAUGAUUACAAAUUAAAUACUAUAUCGAUGAUCGGUCCCUCCCCCCAUCCAUAAAUAAAUCCAAGACACCUUGGAAAAUGGACAAAUUUGUGGUGCGUCCACCAAACGGGGAAGUACCCAAGGAAACGAAGGGUACAGAAAAGGUGUAUCGACAAGCAACUAUUGAGUCUCUACGCAGAGUGGUGGUGAUUGAGGACAUUGAAAGGUACAAGUCCAUGCUGGAACUGCCUGGUCAGACCAAGGAGAAUCUGCUUCUAGCCCUGGCAGAGCUCAACAAGAAGAUGCCGUCCAAGGAGGUGCUCAAGACAACCAGAAUAGGCCACACUGUUAACAAGAUGCGUAAGUAUCACUCCGACCCUGAGGUGAGUUCCCUAGCGGCUGAAGUGUACACUGUAUGGAGGCGCUUCAUUGAAGAGCACUCCAACAAGCCCUCCAUAGAAGUACGCUGUGACAAGCAGACUGAGGGACUGAGGAACAACGCCAGGAGAAUGCUGUCUGAAGCUCUGGAAGUGGAGACAGACAGUGGUCUGGUGGAGAACAUAGAGAGAGAGGUGUUCCACCAGAGUUCUCGGCUGGUCAGUGGAUCCUACAGACGGACUAUCAGGAAGCUGGUCUUUGCCCUCAAACACCAGCCAGAGGUCAGGGGUCAAGUCAAGGAGAGUAAGAUCCCAGUAAACCAGCUGGUGUCCACCCACAAGAAGUAAAUGCACUCUGUUCAGAAGCUUCUCUAUU